UUUUUUGUUCUGGUUUCUUGAGAAAUCAAGUCAUGUCUACUAAUUGAGGAACAAGGAGUGGCUCAAAGUUGUCCGUGUUGUUUGCUAAAGUUCUGCCUUGCUAUAAAGCCCAAAGUAAGGUAACAUCUGCUUAGGAGAAAGUAGAAAAAAAAUGCUGGAAAGAGAAAACCGUAUCGAUGAAGCUUUUUGAGUCCAUGGAACCCAUAUCUCUGUGGUUCAGGUAUGCUGUGUAUGAGAUAAAUCAGCUCCUGGAAAGCAAUUGACUAGAAUGGUGAACUAGGAUUCCGGAAUCACUGGGUGUUGUAUUUUGUUAGAAAUAUCCCAAUGGCAUUGCCUAGCAACAAGGUAGAAUAUAUUUAUGAUGCCAGAAGAAUCCAUAUUGAAACAUCAGGAAGAACUGCAAAUAGUCAAAGGGACCAACCCUUAUAUUUGGGGGCAGCCCUCCUGAAUGCGAGUAAGAUGAAACCAUCUGAUUGCACCAGAAAAUCCAGAAACCAAGCAUCAAAAUGAAGAGGCGGUGGUAAACUGGCUCCUUUAAAACUUGAAGUAUUCAAGCAUUGCUUUGUCUCCUUGCAAGCCAGCUGAUGGCUUCCAGGUCAACAAAUAUGCCAGAAGAAUUCAAUAUAUAUUAUCUUCUCAAGAGUGCCUUUCCCUGGCCGCCUUCAGAAGAGUCUAUGGAUAUAUCCAGAGAUGACACAAACCCACAAUACCAAGGACUUACCGGCCUGCGUAAUUUAGGCAACACAUGUUAUAUGAAUGCUGUAAUCCAGUGCCUUUGCAGUGUAUCCCCGUUGGUGGAAUAUUUCCUCUCUGGAAAAUAUAUAGCCUCGUUAGACAAGGAGAAUGGAGAGAUUGCAACAGCCUUUGCCUACCUGAUGAAUGACAUGUGGCUUGGGGACUUUGACUGUGUCUCUCCAGAGGUUUUUAGAUUGGUCAUUGGUGAACGGUACCCUGCUUUCAUUAAGAAAACUCAACAAGAUGCUCAAGAGUUUCUGAUCUAUGUCUUGAAUGAACUACAUGAAGCUCUCAAAAAGACAAAUAAGAAAAAAAAUCAGGGAAGCUCAUCGACUGCUUGGGAAUCCAGGAGUUGCCUUAGCGAAUGUUCCAUUAUCACCCGACUUUUCGAAGGACAUCUUAGCUAUGAUAUCAUGUGUUUGGAAUGUCAAACCACGACUUACAAAACUGAGAUCUUCACCGUGCUGUCUCUACCGAUACCCUAUGAAUCGGAGUGUUCCCUCGAGGAAUGCCUGGAUUGCUUCUUUCAGCAGGACGUGUUGACCUGGAACAACCAGAUCAACUGCUCCUGCUGUGGGAUCAAAACAGAUGCUGCAGUGAAAGCCAGCAUAGCCAAAGCACCCAAGAUGGUCAUCUUCCACUUAAAGAGAUUUGAUUGUCAAGGCAGUUACAAGAAGAAACUGAAAACGGACAUCUACUAUCCUUUAAAUAACCUGGAUUUGUCUCCUUAUAUAUAUCCACUUUUUCGGAAAAAUCCAAAAUACAACUUAUUUGCUGUAGUGAAUCAUUUUGGAGAUCUGGACGGUGGCCAUUACACGGCCUUCUGCAGACACACUCUUAGCCAAAAUUGGUACAACUUUGACGAUUCCCAGAUCAAAGUGAUCCCAGAAUCCUCUGUGCAAACAUCUGCCGCCUACCUUCUGUUUUAUAGCAGUCAAGCUUUCUCUGCGCCCGUAAAGAACCAAAAUGUCUAGGAGAACCAAGUUGUAGGUUCCAAUGGCCACGUUGAGUUGGCCUAUUCUUUGGUUGUCAUUCCGGAACAACUGCAUUUUUUUCCCCACGUGUCUUUGGAUUGUACUGAUGGAGUGACCUAGAAGCUGGCUCUUCCAAGCCACUUUCUUUCAGUGAAAAGAACGCUACUCAGCGAGCCUUACACAGAAUGUGACACGACACCUGCAGUUAAAUAAACUCUUCUUGGACAGCCAGAGUUGAGUGUUAAUUCUUAUUGCAGAAUCCACCGAAAACUAGAUGCCGCUUCCUGCUGAUUACAUUUCUGAACGGAUUAUACAUUCCCGAGUGAAGCUCAUAAACGUUUACCAGCCUUCUGAUUAAAAAAAAAAAAAGUGUACUAUUUAAUACAUCGCAACCACAUCCUCUCAAAAAGUAUUCCUGGAGUAAAACUUAAGUUGUGAAAUGAUUCCCCUGUUCCAAAAUCCAUGCUUCUUUAAAAGUAUUCCAGCAAUCCUAUUCCAGCAAAAUGAAAUUCCAUGGUGAAAAAAGCAAGGUUCAACAUUUAGGCAAGAAAAACCAAAUGCACAAGUACAGCAUAGG